UAUUAAUUGCUGUUGUUUUUUCAUUAUUAUUAAAUUAUAUAGGCCACGGAUACUGUCGUUGCAGACGCUUUAUCUUGAUAAACAAAGAGACAUUUCUUCCAAAUUUUGUGUUUUCUUAUAUGAUAAUGAGAUAAUGAUCUAGAAUCACCAAGACGUCUAUCUUUAGAAAGAUGAAAAUGUAAUCUAUAAUAAUUUGCCCUAUUACAACAUACAUUCUCAUUCAAAGAAUGAAACAAUUUCUUUGAUUUCAUCAUUUGCUUCAUCAUUCAUUGAUCAAUGGCUGAUUUAAAUUUUAUAGAAGACAAUGCUGGCCUAGCGGCCAAGGAAUGCGAUGAUUCUGCACAGAAAGAGUCGCUCAAUGAAGAGGAAGGCGAAGAAGAAAUGGAGGACAGCUCUCCUGAAGAAGAGGAGGAAACUCUACAGAAAGCUAGGCAGGCCAUAACGUGUCGUAGCGUCACCCUGACAACGCUGAUGGAUGAUGGGAUAAUACAAGCAGGAGAAGGAGUGCUGUCCAUCGACUAUCUGGGUCAAAGAUUUGAGGCAGAUCUCCUUGCUAAUGGAAAAAUCAAAUGGCCUCAAGGCUCACAAGAGGAGUUCAAUACCCCAAGUGCCUGGGCACUGCACUGCAAGAGAUUGGUGAAUCCAAUCAAGAGAUCUGGGUGUGGAUGGGCCUCAGUUAAAUACAAUAACAGGAAGCUGGACAUAUGGAAAAGUAUAUGGGCUCGCAAACACAGGACAGCCAAUCCAUUGAAAAUUAAGUCACCUCAUCAUCAACCCUCCACCAGCUCCUCAACCCACAAUCUUGUAGCCGCAGCGACAACACCUCCACAGCCUGACAUGGCAUCCCCAGCACCCCCUUCAUCCACUCCUCUAGACUUGCAGUGUGUCCCAUCAGCCAAUAAACUUGUCGCAGACAAGACACUCAUCAAACCAGGGGAUGUACUUGCUCUCAAAAAUGAAGACAAAAUGGUGGCCAAGGAAAAGCAAGGAAAGAAACAUACAAUUUCAGAAUCGCCGAGUAAACUGUAUCCUCUGCCUCGCAACCUAGCCAGGCCUGUUGGAUCUCACCAGGAGAUUCCUCUGAACUUAACCUUUGACACUCCGGUCAUCGGCAAGAAAGAACUCAUCAGCCCUGUUGCCAGGACCAAAGCUAAAUUUGGCCGCCAGGAAGACUUUUGUGUGUCCAGAGAUAGAAAAAUUGUUUCCUACGCUGACCUUGGUACUCGUGGCCUUGAUGUUGAUCCUCACACGCUUGUCAAGUGUGAACACUUUGACAGUCAAGGGAAAAUACAACCCUUCACUGUGUCGUUGACUAGCAACACUUUACUACUGAUGGAUUUUCACUGUCACUUAACUAAGUCAGAGGUUGUUGGUUAUCUUGGCGGUCGAUGGGACUCUCACAGGCAACACCUAAGUGUAGAGCAAGUGUUCCCAGCCCGCUGUCGACUAGGAGAUAAAGACAGAGCCCUCAGUGUGGAAGAAGAAAUUCGUCGCAACAUGAAAAUAAAAAAUCUAAUGGUAGUAGGUUGGUACCACAGUCACCCCUACUGCCCACCCGACCCUUCCAUCAGGGACAUCGACUGCCAGAUGUCGUACCAACUUAAGAUGAGAGGCUCAGGUUCCAUGUACCUGCCGUGCAUCGGCUUUAUCUUGUCUCCAUUUGAAAAACUGCCACCUAAACCAGAUUCCAAGAUUCAAGCUUAUUGGGUCAUGCCAAAUCUUGAACAUCCAGCAUCUUUCAAUAUCCCCAUGCAUGUAACCUACACAGUUAAAAGGGACUCCUCUCUAACAGAGGAUCUACUCUCAGAUAUGAAAAACCUGACAGAGUUCUACAGUGGAGCCCUGGACAAGAUUCACCUCAAAGAACACUGGGGGGAGGCCAUAACAUACCUGGAUAAAGUCAAAGCAUCAUUGCGGAGUAAACUCCCAGAAGACCAACUAGAGAGCGGAACAUUUUUGGAUUAUGUGCAGCAACUGCUGAAAGACAUGAGAUGAACAACACCAAUGCAGUUCAAUAAACUGUUUCACAAAAUA